AUCACCAUGGAAGGAGAUCGAGGAGCGCCGCGUGGUUGUUACGAGUUCGAGGUUUCGUUUUCGAGCCCACAACCAAUCCAUGAAAUGGGUUUUUCCCAGUUUGAAGAAACCCAAGGCCUGAGCUUCUUGGUUCCAUCUCAUCAGUCUUCUCAUGUAUCCCUGCCUCUUAACAACAGCAACAACAGCAUGGGACGUGCUAAUAACGACCUUGUUACUAGGCCUCCUUGGAACAACAAUGACCAGGUUAGGAAUUUGGAUCCCAAGGUUGUAAAUGAAGAUCAGAACUGCACCCUUAACAUUAAUGAUGGCAGUGAUUCCUGGUGGAGGAGCUCAUCCACAGACAAAAACAAAGUAAAGGUGAGGAGAAAGCUUAGAGAACCCAGGUUCUGUUUUCAAACAAGAAGUGAUGUAGAUGUACUAGAUGAUGGUUACAAAUGGAGGAAGUACGGACAAAAAGUAGUCAAGAACAGCCUCCACCCAAGAAGUUAUUAUCGAUGCACACAUAGUAACUGUCGAGUGAAGAAGAGGGUGGAACGAUUAUCAGAGGAUUGUCGAAUGGUGAUAACAACUUAUGAAGGUAGACACACUCACUCUCCUUGUGAUGAUUCAAAUUCAUCAGAGCAAGAGUGUUUCAACUCAUUCUAACAACUUAAUAUUAUAUAUCUAUAUAUAUAUAUAUAUAUAUAUAUAUAUCUAUAAUGUAUGAAUAUUUGUAGCUAUUUUCAUAUUCCAGAAGCUUUUGGA